GCACCAACCAAGCUAUGCUAUCCAGUCUCAUCGAAUUCGAUGAUAACAAGCAUUGUUCUAUUGUUGGAGGAAGGGAAGAUAACAUCUGACCAUAGAAAGGGGAUUCACAGCCACCCAUAUCGCACACAUACACAUACACCGUUCGCUGCUCUUACAUCAGGUUGACUGUUUUACACUUUCUACUCUCGUUCCUGUGCCACACGUUAGCAAUAUAUCCUCAUAAAACACCCACUGCCGAUUGUACAUCAAAUCCACUCUCUUGCAGUUCUCGGAUACGUCUAAUCUUUCGCACAUGCAUCCGCGUAUGCUUGGAAAAGAAUCUGGCCCACUCUCGUACAUCCAUCGCAUCUAAAGUGCCUCGCCAGCCUUGGAAACUUAUCUCUCCAGUGCCAAACGUCAAGGACAAAGGCAACAAAGCACCCACUCCUUUUCCCGGCUCCAGUUCCCAGAAUCCAACCCUUCCAAGAAGCGGUCUCCAUCUCCAUAGCCCCUAUUACUGUCGAUGGAAAACUAUUACGAUAUAUUUGAUGAUUUUCGAAGGGCGUGAAUAAUAAAUAUUCAUUUCUCAACAAAAUCGACUUGAAACAUAUACCGAACAUCUGACCGUAUCUGGUUUCUCGUGCCUAUCUCUGAACCCUGACCCCCGCCCGGUGUUGAUCAGCUCAGCCAUCAUAUCAUAUCACAUCACCAUUAUCAACCUCAACCUCAACCUCAUUCCUCGCCAUGCCAACAUCGCAACCUUCUAAUCAAUAUUCACGACACGCAAAUACAGUUCGGAAUCAGCACAAUAGAAACAACAUGGCGAGAUCAAAUGCUGUAUCAGAUCGAUUGCGCAGUGAAGAAUCGUGGGUCGAAAUAUCCUCACAACCAUCUUCGUCUUCCAUUUCCUCCAUCGAUAACGAAAUUGUAACAACUGGUCUCCGUGUAUCUCAACAUCCUUCUACUCGGCGACGCAGACGAUCUCAUAAUCAACAACGCCCCCCAAUAAGCACAAAUAAUAACAGACAAAGAAGCACGAGUAGUCAAGAGGAAUACGAAGAAUCGGAAUCGGAACCAGAUCAUAUAGAUAUUCUAACCAGUUCCAAUGAGAUUUCCCCGCCAGAAGCCGUUCCAGCACGAUUAACAACUCACGCAACAUAUGAUGCUGAAUUCGAAGACGAUGAAGAUGAGAACGGCACAGCUUUAGGAAUAGGAAGAGCGACAACAUUACCAUUCACACCCCAGCCAAAUGCUUUCUCUCAUCCUCCUUCUUCACAAUCCCAGAGUCACCGACCCCAAGCUCCUGCUCAUGGCUCAUAUUUUCCACGACAAGUUCAUUCGCAACCUCGACCACAAUCUUAUCCAUCGCGUAACCACACAACUACACGGAACACAUCGUUCAAUAACCACACACGACUCCCCAUAGAUCAUGAUGCUGCUCUACGCGCUAGCCUCACAACAUUACUCUCUUGUGCAGCUGCAGCAAGAGGCCUUCCGAAAUCUCCCGCUCAAAACAAUUCUGGCAAUGAACCAAUGGGACUCCGAAUAGUUCCUGAAUCAGAACUCAUUGGUGCAGCACCUUCUACUACAGCCAAUAUAUCACGACCUUUAUCAUCAAGUCGUUCAAAGAGUGGAUCAUCACAAGACUCGCAAGAUGAAGCUAUUAAACGCAAAGCUAGUCAAACAAAGCAAAACACUCGAGCUCUCAAGAAGAAGAAGGGAGAACUGGUGCAAGGCGAGGAAGCGUUUAUUUCGCCUACCUUACUGACUUGGGUUAUGAGUGCAGGUGUAGUAGUGCUAGUAUCAGUAGUUGGAUUUGGUGCAGGAUACGUCAUUGGCCGAGAAGUAGGAAGGCAAGAAGCGUCUGUCCUUGGGGGGUGGAAUGGCUCUAUGAGUGAUGGUAGCUGCGGAAGAGAAGUGGUUAGAAGUGGGACGGGUGGAUUGAAAAGAUUCAAAUGGGGUGGUAGUGUUGCUAGGAGUAUUGUUGCUUGAAGUCUUACACGAUAACUUAUGAGCGUUGGCCUUGGUUGCGUUGAAGUGCAGGGCGAUCAUUUUGAUGAGAUAUCAUGAGCGUGUUUGAUUGAUAGGGUCUAAUUACCAAGCGUAACUUCUCGUACACUCUUUGGCGUUGGUCUAUGGGCAUUGGGUUACAUACAUUUUUCAUAUUCACAUAUCAUUCUGGAGGUAUUCUGAUUGUUUCGACGCGUACUUUUGUUUAAUACACAUCUAGCGGGAGGAUUUUUUUGGGACAUGAUAUUACAUGAUAUGCACAAUAUGAUUUGGGGAUGAAGGUGGACUGAGAAGAUAAAAUUGAGAUUUUGGUCUGGAUGAAUGGAUUAGGAUAAAAGAAUUGGGA